AUGGCGACUCGCCCCCGCCGCGUCGCGGCCCAAAAAGCAAACACGGCAAUCACUGACAUGGUCGACAGCGAAAACGCCGUGAGCAGGUCAACUGACAGUAUAGUCAUGUCUGCCCGCCCCUCACGCCGCUCAGACGCCCGGUCACCACCAGACAGGUCGCGUGGAGCCAAUGGCGGUGGUCGCAGCAGCGGCAUCUCCAGCCGGGCACUCGGCCGAGAACACUUUGUCGGGGGCGAGAUCCUCGAGGGCAAGCGGAACCGGUCGCAGAGGAAGAGCUACCGAGUGGACUCUAGCGACGACGAGGAUGCCGUUGGCGAGGACGACUUGGACGCCGAGGGCGAGGAGGAGGAAGACGACGACGACAUGAUGGAUGCCGACGGUGAGAUCGUCGUGGACGCGGACAUGGAUGUCGACGCCGAGGGCGAGGAAGAUGACGAGCUCGAUGCCGAGGGCGAAGACGACAUGGAAGUUGACCCGACCCCGCCCCCAAGGCAGACCGUCAAGGUUGCCAGGCCGGCCAAUGCACGGCACAGCGUCCCUGGCAAGGGGAGGGAGACAGCCAGGGCUUCCACCACCAAAGCGGCGGCACGGCAGGAUGAGAGCGACGAUGAGGAACUCAGCGACCUUGACAGUGAUGCGGAUGAAAUCCAGGACACAGUCAACGUCGGCGGCGGAGAAGAAGAGGACGAGGAAGAAGAAGAGGACGAAGAGGAUGACGACAACGAGGGUGCAGGCGCCGGCGAGGAAGAUGAGGAGGAGGAGGAAGAGCCUCAGGAGAUGGACAGCGACGACGAGGGAAGCGAAGGAGGCUCGCCGGAUCUCGACAAGAUGACGAAGCGCCAACGCGCCCGGUUUGCAGAUGACGAGGAUGGUUCGCUGAUGAAGCUAUCUGAUGAGGUGCAAGCAAAGAAGGUCUUCACUGCGGAAGAGUUGUCCAUGCGACGGGCUGAGAUGGCUCGUCGGAGGAGGAACCUCAGCGAAAAGCGAAAUGAGGAAGUCAAGAUGGAAACGAUCCACAAGCUGCUGCACAAGCAGGCGCCCAAGACCAACCGCAAGCAGUUGCUGGCCGAGGACCAGGCUCAGGAGGAAGAGAGGGCCAACCCGAUCUUUGUCAGAUGGGUCAACAACAAGUCCGGCAGCAUUGUGGCCGUGCCAGACGAGAUGCUCGCCGCACCGCCAGGCAGGGUGUUUGUGCCCGGGGGUCUCAAAAGUGGGAAGAUGGUCGAGGAGGUGUCUUAG